AUGGCGUUGAGGCGCGGCAAGGAUCGCGUCGCCAACGCAGGCUCCGAAGAGCUCCAGCUGUGGUAUGCGGUGCGCCAGAAUCUACGCACACUCGAAAAGAUCCGCAUCGCCUCGGUAGACAAGGCGGCGGCGGCCGAGUCUCAUCGCACCGACCUCAUCGCGCUGCGCGAGAAGAAGGAUACUGGCGACGAGUACCGUACCAAGCGGCGCAAGCUCGACGACGUCUGUCAUGACCUGACCAGCCGCACCAAGGACGAGCUGGCAGCCAUCGAGUCGGCGCAGGAGAAGCUUGGCAUCCUGGUUGCGCUGCGCAGUUCCGCAGACGGCGCAGGUUCGCGCAGCUCGACACCGCGCAAGGACCUAGCAUCCAAACUCAAGUCCGGCGCAUCAGGCGCAUCGACCCCCACGGGUCGACGUGGAGGACCUCUGGGCCCAUCCAAUCUUGGUACCUCGUCUACCAACCGCGGGCGAAGAGAGACGCUUACAGCACAGCAUCCUCUCACGCCCGGUCGCAAAGUCGCCGUACUACCCACCAAGACCGAAGAGUCGGACUGGCUCAAAGCGUCUGUCCUCUCGUUCUCCAAAUCGUCCAACGAAUACAGCGUUCAGGACGAUGACGAACCAGGACCAGAGGGAACCUACAAGGUGGGCAUGCAGAACAUCAUCCCCCUCCCCAUCAGUCUGCAGACCUUGCCAGCGUCCGACUUUACCCCGGGCACCCGUGUGCUGGGCAUGUAUCCGGAUACAAGUUGCUUCUACGGCGCCUUUGUAAGAUCGGGUGGCCCAGGUCUUACGCGCAACGCCAACCUGGUCAAACUCGCCAAGCGCGAAGCCGAACUUCUCGAGACCAAAUACAACCUCGAGUUCGACGACGACAACGGAGAGAUCCGCCAGGUCCCCGCCUGGCUCGUCGUCCAAGAACCCGCGUAA